AUGUUAACAACAAAAAGCAUCCACCACUCACAUUCACAGGUUAUAAGCCCAACGCGGGCACGGGCCUCGGAGAACGAAGAACGUCGUGCGAUUGCGACCGCAGUUGUCCGUGCGUUUAGUGUGGUCCGGACGGGCCCACAGCAAUUCGUUGAGAAUCAGUCUGGAGGUCGACCCGAAGAAGGAAAACGCCAACUCCCCUCUCCCAGACCACAUAAAUACCUCGACGCGGCACUUCAACCGUCGGCAACUACGCCGGUCCCCACAACAUCGGUGUCGCCUCCUGCGCUGCAGGACGCUCCCCCAAGAUCUCUAGUGAUCUCGACUCGAGACGAAGAUCCAGCACAAGCUACAGACGAAGGGUUAGCCGGUUCAUCCUUGACGCCGUACGAAACGCACCGUCACGUUCCCACCGAACCCGUGGCACCGCUGCCGAGCAUCUACGACGGAGGAGCUGCUGCCACGCAGCAGAAAAAGACAAUGGGUGGCUGGCAGGCGAGUCAGAUCCACGUCGCGUCAACCAAGUUCGAUGGGAAGGUCGAGAACUGGAGCGGAUGGAAAACGGAGAUGCAGACCAUCCUGCAUUGGCAAGGGCUCCUACAGGUGCUCAAGCGCGUGGAUUUUUUGAUGCCCAGCGUGAAGAGAGAGACUGUGAGUGGAGCAACUGCUUUGAGACCAGAACAAGGAAGGCUCAUACGGAGAUCACUCUGUCACUGCAUGGUGACUUGCUGGAUCGCUUCAAGUCUGACAUAG